CAGCUAGUAAACACGCCUCGUUCAUUGCGCUUCCUGGAGCUGCAUUGGUGCGGGGUGGGAAAAUAGGCGUGUCUCCGACUGCGGAAGUUACCAGAGGAGUGAGGUUUUGUCGACUUGGACUUUUCUGUGAAAGUGUUUACAAAUAAUUAACACGGCUAUAAAAAAUAAGAAUAGUAAUCAAGUAGUCUUUUUAAAAGUGACAGUGGAAUCCACUUUUGCACACGUAUGUGGAAGGAAAGCUGAGAAGGAUCCUAAUCAAAAGCUUAAAGGCCCGUACUCCUUUUGAAAUUUUAAUCAAGAUUUUUUAUCAAGAGAACCAUGGGUGUGUUCUCGGAAUGUGUAAUCGUUCUGGAGUUAAGGAAUUUACCUGCGAAGGAAAAGCACAGGAUACAAAGUUGUAUCAAAGAAAAUGGCGGCAGUAUUUCAUAUGUGAUAAAUCGUAAGUGCACACAUGUUGUGGUAAAUGAUAUUGACACAUUGAGUGAAUCACGACUUACAAAGAUCCAGAAAUUUCAAAUUCCUAUUGUGGGUACCAGCUAUUUGUGGAAAUCCAUUCAAGAAGGAAGGCUGGUAGAUCCUGACUGGUGUAAACCUUAUGAGGAUUCUGAAACUUCAUCAGAAACAAGUGAAUACACCACUGAUUCAGUGGAGUUUGACGACCUUGCAAUUUGUGAAAAAAUUGCAGAAGAUAAGAAAUCCAUUGGCACAUGCAGGAUUUACAGUGAUCAGGAUAUCCCUGCUUAUCCUCAAGACUUUGAAGUUGUAAAAUAUGCUGCUCUUGAAAAGAUUUCUGAAGACGGAAGAGAAGAGAUGGUAGUUGUUGAACUACAUAGUUCUUGGCAGACUUCAAGAGCUUGUUUCCGUAUACUGGCACACUUUGGAGUACCAGAUAAUUCACAGGGAGUCGCAAGCAGAAAACACUUCAUAUUUCCUGUGAGCUCUGAAGAAGCAGUGGAAAUCUUUUCCCUCUAUGUUUUUGACUUAAAGGAGAAGGACUUCACAGAAACCAAGAAUAUUUCAGCAGCAUUACAUCUGGCUUCUGACAAAGCACUCGUGAUGCAUUUGGAGGAAGCUUUAAAUGUGAAAAGCAUUACUUCAGAAGUUGGAGCUUUCGUUGAAAUGAUCUGGGCAGAAGUGAUUGGCCACUUGGAAGACAUCUUGAUGUGUCCCGUUAACAAAAUUAGUAUUAAUGAUGUCAUUAAAGCUGAAGGUGUUUUACUUCGUGCUAAGAAAGCUUUGGACAGAGCAGCAGAUACAGCUGAGCAGUGGGAUAUAAUCUUAGAAUUCUAUCGACUUCUGCCUUUAAAGGGAAAUGUGGACUUGAGUAUUAACAAGAAAAUGCUGUCUCAGAAAUAUGACCUUUGCCAGCUAAUCAAAGACAUGAUUAGUGUAUGUGAAGCCACGCAGUGGAGUGCAGAAGCACCUACUCUUUCGAAGUAUCGCUCCCUUCGAUGUGUUAUUGAACAAGUGGAUAUGGACAGCACUGAAUUUCUUAAAGUCCAAAAUCUGGUUCUGGAAAAAAGAGAACACAGUGAUCCUCCUGUUCAAAUUUUAAAAAUCUUCAGAGUUGCCAGAACAGAUGAACUCCAAGAAUUUCAGGGAAAUCUCAGUAAUAUACAGACUUUAUUUCAUGCUUCUUCAGCAAACAAUUUUGUCGGCAUUUUGUCUAGAGGACUGUUACCACCCAAAAUUGUUGUAGAGGACUAUGGUAUAGAGAGACGAGAUGUUGGAAAUCUGGGCAGUGGUAUCUACUUCAGUAAUUCAACCAGUACAAGCAUCAAAUAUACACAGCCGAGUAAUACUGAUGGCACUCGUCUUAUGCUGGUUUGUGAUGUUGCACUUGGUUUGACAAAAGACUACUAUCGAAGAGAUUUCACAUUGAAAGCUCCCCCAGAUGGAUUCCAGAGUGUUUGCGGAGUCCGCGGAACAGCAGGAAUAAUCAGCGACUUUGAGGACUAUGAAUUAGUUGUGUACAAAACCAAUCAGGUGAUGAUGAAGUAUAUAGUCCAGUUUACCACCGAAGGAGAACAAGCCAAGAACUUCCAGCCAGCUCUUAAUUUGGAAUCCGAUCAUCUAAGUGAUACAGCUGAUGAGGAAGCUGAACCUGUGAGUUUUAAUGAACUGUUUCAUUUGGAAAAUCCUUUGGGUAAAGUCAAGGCUGGCCUUAUAGAUAGUUCUGGGAAUCAACUUCCUCUUCAAGAAGUCCACGUUAAAGGAAGUAUUAUCGAUUUGAUUGCACAGGUGGUGGUGUUCCAGACGUACACAAAUCAGAGUGAUAUUCCCAUUGAGGCCAAGUAUGUUUUUCCUCUGGAUUCGACUGCAGCAGUCUGUGGAUUUGAAGCUUUUAUUAAUGGAAAACACAUUAUUGGUGAGGUCAAAGAAAAGGAGCAAGCACGUCAUGAAUAUCGUCAAGCAAUUAAAGAAGGCCACGGAGCGUAUCUCAUGGAUCAAGAUGCACCUGAUGUUUUUACCGUGAGUGUUGGUAACCUUCCACCUAAAGCAACCGUCCUGAUCAAAAUCUCCUACAUCACUGAACUAACACAAAACGUUAGUGGAGUAAUGUUCCAAAUGCCUGGAGCAGUGGCACCAUUCCAGAGAGACAGUGCUUGUAACGAGAACACACAGGAUACAGUGCAAACAGUUUGUGUGACAGACACAGAAAAAAUAGGUGGACUAUCUGUUGAGCUGUCCAUUGAGAUGCCAUAUAAUAUAGAAAACAUUGUCUGCUGGUCGCACAAGAUUCAAAUGAAGAAAACUCUGACCAAAGCUGUGGUUUCAAUGCAGACCACAAACAAUGAGCAGGACUUUAUUUUGUACAUUAGGAUGAAUGGAUAUUAUGUGCCUAGGAUGUGGGUAGAAAAGCAUCCUGAUGAAGAAAGUGAGGCUUGCUUGGUAGUAUUUUGUCCAGAACAUCAUACAAAUAAAACAGAAAGUGUCCAGGAUUCUGACUUCACAGAGUUCAUCAUUUUACUGGAUUGUUCAAGUUCCAUGAGUGGUUCAGCACAUCACCAAGCCAAACAGAUUGCCCUUUACGCACUAUCAUUUAUUUAUAACUUGAAAGUCAAUGUCAUCACCUUUGGUUCAGGUUACAAAGAACUCUUUUCCUACCCCCAGGAUACCAGUAAAGAACAGAAAGAAGUUGAAGAAUUUAUUGAGAAUGCCAAGCCUACAAUGGGAAAUACUGAUCUGUGGAGGCCAUUGCGUAUGUUGAACCUCUUGCCACCUUCCAAGGGAAUACGUAAUAUCCUCCUGAUUUCAGAUGGAUACAUUCAAAAUGAAAGCCUAACACUAAAACUGAUAAAGAAUGUUAAACACUCCAGGAUUUUUUGUUGUGGGAUUGGUUCUACAGUGAACCAACACACAUUGAAACUGCUAGCCAGAUACGGUGGUGGAGUAUAUGAACUAUUUGAUCCAAAAACCAAGUUUAACUGGGCAGAAAAGAUGUCUACAUUAAUGAUACAAAGAAUAAGGCAACUGGGAUGCACUUCCAUUUCUGUUAAGUGGCAACAGUCUAGCAGAACUGAACAGGAACCAAUUCAAGCACCAGCACAGAUUCAGACUUUGUUUGCUGGUAAUCCACUUCUCCUUUAUGGAUUUGUCCUUCGUUGUUCUCAGGCUAACCUUUUUGCCACCUUAAAUGAAAAGGAGAUAAACACAGUGGUGUCCACAACAGAACUGCAAAAGACUAAAGGCACGGUACUGCACAAGCUGACAGCUAGAGCCAUUAUUCGGGAUUAUGAAGAAGGAAUCUUCCAUGAGGAAGAAACAGAGCAUGAGAUGAAGAAGCAAGAACUGAAAAGUAUGAUUAUUUCCCUCAGCAAGAAGUACUCUAUUGUCACUCAGUUUACAAGUUUUGUAGCCAUCGAAAAAAGGGAUGCAGAUGAGGUCCAGUUGACAGAUUCCAUGAAUACUGCUGAAAUUAUAGCCAAAGAAGAUGUGGAUAUUCUGCCAUAUAUGGAUUGGGAGAAGAUUGCAGAAGAUGCAGAAAAAGAAGAAGAAGAAGAAAGGGGAUCAUCAUCCUCUCAGGGACUGUGUGGCUUUGCAUUAUUUGAUGAUGUUGAUGAAAUGAUGUCUGAGGAUAUAACAACUGAUGCUGACUAUGAAGAAAUACCACCUGAAUUUCUGGCAAGAAUGAGCCCUGAAGAGUCUAAUUAUGAGCCUAUACAUGAACCUAUGAACCUAUUACAAACAUUUCCUGUAUCUAUGCGAUGUUUAUCUGAAAUAAUGUCUGAACAACGAGAUGUUCGAAUACUGGGGAAGCCUGAACCAGAAGAGACAGAGCUACUAGAUGUUCCAGUACUGGGGAAGAUGGACCCUAUUGAGGAGGUGAUAGAUAUUAUGAGACUGAAUGCUGAUCAAGUAUUUGAGAGGGAUUGUAAGCUUUCUGAACUGGAAGAUCAUACUGAGGCCCUACUGGCUGGAGCAUCUCAGUUUGAAUUUAAAGUUGCCAAAUUAAAGAAAAAAUCCAAGAAACAUCCAUCUUUUGCAAUGACAAGUGAUUCUAGUGAUCUGAUUACUGGGAUGGUAGAGACUGAUUCUAGAAUUCAUCAUGGAAUUCAUCCUGAAGAUAAAUCAUGCAAACCUCCUAAACCCCUUAUGAUGAUGCAGGAAGAUAAAGAUACAUUUGAAAAAGCAAGUCAACAAGAAGCAGAAACUACUAAAGACCUUUAUGACCGCGUAACAUCUGUGAUGUCUUUUGGCAUUCCUUCUAAAGAUAAAGGUGUUCAGCAACCUCUGAGGUUUGGGGCUUCAUUAGCAUCUACAAAGUCUGUUGCUCGUCAGAGUAGUAGCGGUGCCAUUCCUUUAAAACACAAAAAGCAUUCUGUAAUGUUUUCAGAAGAAAUGCAAGUACCAGAGAAUUCAUUCCAGUUUUCCCCACAGGCAGCUUCCGCCUUUGACACUGCUUCUUUUGAUAAAUCUGAUGGAACUGGUUUUGGUUUUAGCUUCAGUUCUGCUCCUCCUGCUCCUGCUCCAGCUAGUAUCUCCACUCGUCCCACUUCUUCCUUAUUUGGUUGUCCUCCUUAUACAGCUACUCCCUCUGUUCAGAAAGAAGCCAUUACGUUUGAUGCCUCUAACUCUGCCUUUGGUGGUUCAAGGCUAUUCGGAAAACCAGCUCCACGAGACAUUAGCUGUCCACCUCCUAUUCUAAGAUCCAAGUUUAUAUGUGUGAAACCCAUAAAAGUGUCUGAACUCUCUAGUACAAUUUCUUCUGAUGUGGAUUCUGUCAGUAGUAGUCCUUCUGAACCCCAGCCUCUAGAAGCCCCUACUUUUCAUCCUGCUCUACCUCGUCCAAAACCUGUUUCUUUGUUUUCUCAGUCUGCAGCUCUUCCUGGUGGUACAUGGUUUGGAAUACAGCCAUCUGCAGCUGCACCUCCUCCUCCUCAGACUUAUCGAUCUUCUGGCCUAGCGUUUGCUGAUACUGCACUUUCUACCCCAGAUCUUAGUUUUCCUGCUCCUUACCCUCCUCAGUCUCAACCUCUUCUUCCUCCUACCAUAGAUAUUAGUUCUUCUGCUGCAUGUCAUUCUACUCUUUCUGUUUAUGGUGGUUCUCCUGCUUCCUUUCCUCCUCCUCCUCCUCCACCUCCUCCUUCUUCUCCUCCACCUCCUCCUUCUUCUCCUCCUUCUCCUCCUCCUCCUUUUACUCUUUAUGGUUCCUCUCGUGCUGCAUGUCGUGCUCCUCCUCCUCCUCCUGUUUUUGGUUCUUCUUUGUUUUCUCUGCCUGUAGUUAUUCCUCCUGUUGGCAAUGCUGGUGCAUUUUCUACCUCGUAUCGUUCUCCAUGUUAUGCCCCCAUUUCUCCUUCCAUAAAGCACCCUACUGCUUUUAAACAUUUAUCAAAGUUUCAGUUACAGCGCUCAGAUCUGCUUCUGGAAAAGAGAAGUAGCUAUCGUUUUCCCAUUCGUUCACAUCAGCACCAGCAAAGAUUACAAGCUGCACGGGAUAAAACACAUCUCAUAUCUUGGGAAGGAGUCUUUGAAUUACAAAAUCAGGAUGGAUACUGGCAAUUCAAUUUACAGCUUGGAGCAUAUUUAGAAAUGGAUUUGACCUAUUUACAUCAGUUCCUUGUACAGAAUGGAAUCCUGUCCUUAGGUUCCAAAGCAAGUAAUGAAGUAGAGUGGUUGAUUGCUACACUUCUGAUACUGCAACUGAUUCGUUUUACUGGGCAACUGGAAGGAAUCAUAUUGAAAACUCUCCUCAAAAUGGAUGACAGUAUGACAUCCAGUUGUAGACAUUGGGCCUUUGAUUCAGUAAAGAAAGCAGUGGAGUGGGCAAGAAGAACAGACAAAAAGUAUCCUGCCAUCUGUAGUCGUCUUCAGCUGGGAAGUGAUUGGGAAAUGGCUACUCGUCGACUUCUAAACAUAGAGCCUGCUAAAACCGAUUAUCCUCCUCACAUGGCCGUAAUGGCAGCAAAAUGUCAAGAAUUUAAUCAGAAGUGCGUCUUACCAUUACGUUUGUUAUGUGCGUAGGCAUAGAGGUGGAGGGAGUAGCCUACCUUACUUGGUAUUACUAUGAGCUUUGUGCUUCUGAGAAACAGGGAUAAAAAAUAAACUGUCCAUAUGUUAAAGUCAUGUCAGAUAUCUGCAUUUUCACUUGCUUUCUCUACCAAUGAGAAUGUGUUUUUUUUUUUUUUUUUUUUUUUUUUUUUUUUUGCAUUUUUUAUGUGCUGUCUUUGUUUUCUGGGUGUGUAGAAUGCAUGUUUAGUAUAUUGAUUUGUAUAGUUGUUUUUAAUAUUUGAUUAUGAUAUGUAUAGGCCUCAGCUUUUUGAUCAGAUAUUAGUACAUUAGAGAUGUCUAAUCCACAAGGAGAAAUGAAUCCAGCUGAUAUCAGCUUUGCUUUCUUUAUAAACAUGAAUCUCAGAACCUGUUUCCAAAGUUUUAGGAUCACUGUUUUGUGAGAUGAUUACAUGACUACUGGAAUUUCAUUAUGAAGCAGUUAAAUAGUUAUAGUCAUGAACACAGUAGUUUGGGCUUCAUACUCCACAAUAACCCUCCAGUUAUUACUGCUGCAUACUCUACAGCCUGUCAUGCUUUAUUGCUUAACUAAUGUUCCCUAAGACCCUUUUAAUGUUUUUGUACAAGCAAAGUAUUUUGUUAUAAUGGUAGAUGUAGAUACAUUUACCACUGUCAGCUGAGUAAAUGAUGAGUCUGAAUGAAUGUUUCUAUUACUGAAGUGUUCAUCAGAUAGGCUGAUAAUUAUAUACACAUUUUGUUCAGUAAAAUUUAUAAGAUACUGAUAUAAAACAAUUGCCCGAUCUCAGAGCAGUAGUUUAGUAACUGAUAUUCCAAUACCCAAAACAAACAAAGAGAGACUGAAUGACUGAAAAUGCAGACUUAGACAUGCAAGUCUGAGACUGCCAUUUCUUAGAAUAUUGUCAUUUUUGCAGUAUGGCAAUCUUGGCGUUGGUAUAUAUAAGUUUGGAGGGUGCACUGGAGUUGUCCCAAAGAGGGAAAAAAAACAACUAAAAAAAUAGCGCUAUUUGAUAUUCUCUUUUCUCCUGUAUUGUGAGAGGGGUUUUUUUUGUAAUUUUGGAGUCACAUUUCCAAGUCUUGAAAUUAAAACCGAGAGCCCAAUACUUUUAUUUGAUUGAUUUAAGGCUAGCAAUUUCUUUCAAGCAGGCUAAUUGACAUCAUACCAAGCUGGAGUUAUUUUUGUUUUAUUUGACAUUUGUUUAUUUGUGUAUUUGUUAUUGUAUAGAUGCAUGAUGACAUAUCAUGAAAAUAAUCCCAGCAAACUUCUGCUCGGUAUCUUUUACUACUAUCAGAAAUACCCUCUAUUGCUUCCAUCUUAAGUCUUAGUUUUCAAAUUCUUGGAAGUAUGCCCUCCAGACUUUUCAUUGGUAACAUCAAAGAGCAUGUUCUGAAUACUGGCAAAGAUUGCACCAGAGCUGUGACACUUGGCCCUUAAUUUUUUACUGAAAAUAAAAAACUGUAAUGAUCAUUCUGUACAGACAUUUGAAAGAACAACAUUGUUUUGUUAUUGUUUUUGUCCUUAUAGUGCCCCUAUGUUAAAACUAUUUUGACCCAAUAUUCCACAUCUUAACUUCAUGCCUGUAUGUCAGAAUUUCAAAAGUGCAUUUUGUCUGUAUCAAACAGGACUGAGGCUGCAGCUGAAGUAUUUGUAUGUGUGCUUCAGAGUAUUUUGAUUUUUGAACCGGCAUUGAAAGCAGUAGCAUUUUUAGAUAUCACCUAAACAUUUCCAGUGUAAUUUUUAUAGGUUGUAUUGUCAUAGGUAAAUGAAGUUCAGUGGUUUAUAUCUGUCCUGAUAUGCAUUUAAUGUCUUUUUGCUUAAGACAAAGAAGUCAUGAAGAGUUCUAUGUGUAUGUUUGUGAAAUACAAUUAUAAGGGGUAGGGUACACACUUGCUAAGAACAUUUAACAUUUUCAAGGCACACAUAACAGUGAUAAUUAUCAGUACAUUUCCCAUAAGUUCUCAGUGCAGGCCUAUAGCUCCUUUUUAAUUCAUUGCUAUAAAUGUUUUACUAUUUUUUGGAACCAUAAUGCGUUUUGAUGCUAGUAAAAUUAAUCUUUGCCAGAUGUGUCAUGAAUCACCUGUGUUGUUAAAAGGAUGUGCCUCAAAUGUAAUUUCUUGAGAUUUGGGUCAAACAUGAAAAAAGAUUAAGGAUAUGACAAUGUAUUAAAUUGUUUUAACAUUGUUGAUAAUUACAUACCUGCAUGUUUAUAUUGUGGCUCACAUGAGAAGCCCAAGUAUCUAAAGCUUAUAUAAGAGAAAGUUCAUCAUGCUCAUUGUGUGUCUUUUUCCUGAAUAUGAUUGUUGUGACAGUUUAAUAUUGUUUUUAAAAUGUUUUGCAGUUGCACCAUGAAGUCACUUUUAAGAUUGAGUUUUGUAGUUUUACCUACUUUUAUCAUAACAGCAUAUAAUAAAAAAGUUGGAAAAUUUG